ACCAGGGCAGGUCGUUUCAAUACUUCUCUCAACAUGGCGACUCAUAAUAAAGUGAUGCUGAUGAUUUUAUUAACAGUCCUAUCUGUGCCCUCGUCCGGAGCAAUUACCAAAUGUGAGAAAAUGUCCUCUUGUUCCUGUAAAACCGACAAAGGUGUGGUGGACUUAACUCCCCUCUCGGGCACAAAUGGACCAAGAUUUAAAGACAAGCUAGCACCCAACGGGGACAAGUUCUCUUGGAAUCCCUGCAAGCCAUUCUCAGAGGGGACAUGCAAGGGUGUAGCGGCUUGUCAGAUACAGAAGCUCUUACCGCCGUCCUACUUCAACAUUGGGAACCAAGACAGCGCCACCUUCACUGUAGACCAGGGACUGAAGCUCACCUACUCUGCCGACACAUUCCUUGAUCAACCUGGCGCCCCCAACAUUGUCAGAACCACCAAAGUAUCAUUAGUUUGUGACGAAAGUAAAGAUCCAGGGGAGCUAACUGUUGAUGGAGAGACGAAAGCCGGAAGUGCAGUUUACGUGAUGACCCUGGCCAGCAAGUAUGCCUGUGAGUCUGUCCCUGCCACGCCCAGUGGAAUCUCAGUUGGCACCGUCCUGGACAUCAUCCUGUUAGUGUGUACGGUCCUCUACGUCUGUGUGGGGAUUGGCUUCCAGAAAUACGUGAGGAAGGCGGAGGGGAGAGAGAUCUUGCCCCACUACUCGUUCUGGGUGGAUCUACCCAGACUUAUUAGAGAUGGCACGUUGUUCGCUGUGAGCUUGUGUGGGAGGCGGUCGACAAAUAAGACGUACGACAACAUCUAGUUCCAUAGUUCCAUUCCUGGCUCACUCUGGUCUCUCACGCGCAGGGAAUUCUGCAACAUUCUUACCGUCAUUUAGGAAAGUGGGCAUGCAAUUUGCCAAUCAACCCUAGGAUUUUCAGGAGAUACUUUAGAAUUUGUCAUAUUUCAAUAAUUUAAAAGGUACUAUGUUGGGUGCAUAUCACUGGGGUUCAUAUGCGAUUGUAGGAAAGGGAGGGUCAAUCCCAUGCCCCAAACCAUCCACCCCCACCUCUACACACCCUACAUUCCAACCUUGGAUCGUCAGUCGAAAAAUACGGAUGGAUUACGCAUGGAGGAUAUUCCAUGUUAACCGAUGUAGAGAUGAAGAGAGAGGUGGGGGAGGUAAGAGAAAGGGGAG